AUGGACCAAGACUACAGAGCGCAUUUUAAAGUUCACUGUGCGGAAAUCAAAGAAUGGGAAAGGAUUUACGUCGUGGGCAGUUUACCUGUCCUUGGCGAGUGGAAUCCUAGAAAAUCAUUCCCGCUGACCAAAUCUGAAGAUGAAGAAAACACAUUCCAUGCAAUCGUCAGUGUUCCGUUCUCUGUCAAGGAAUUUCAAUUCCGAUAUUUACGUGUUAUGUACUUGGACCCUUCUGAAAACAGUCUUUCUGAGCCGAUUAUGGUAUUGUCGAAAUGGGAAACACUGAAUAAUCCUAGAACAUGUCUUAUUGGCGUUGAAAGUCUAGAUGGUGUUGCCAGACAAAAUGUAGUUGAUCAAUUUGGAAGUUACGGUGGGAGAAAACAAAUAUCUGACGGGUGGAUACUGAAUGAUAAGGAGAGUGUUGUCUAUUUUCGCAUUCACGGCGAGGCGCUCAAAUUCUUUGCAAAAAGUUACGCAAACAGGGAAUAUCGUCUCAAGGUUGAACCAUUUGAUGUCCGAUAUAGCGAGAUUGACGGAGAAGAUGUUGUCAACUUGCCUACACCAGACCUUCCAUGUUUCUCAAACACAGACCUUUCUGUGCUCACAAGAGAGGAUCCGAUUUUCGGAGACCAGUACUUCAAUGGAUCAGUUUUCCGGAAUGACACGGACUACCUGGUAUUUAGAACACGAACCGUUUCUUUGCAAAACCUAGCAUUCCGUAUUGAAUUCUACCAUAAAGAAAAACGAUGUGCACUGUCUUAUGUGCUUCCAUCAAGUAUGUCUGGAACUCACGGAGCAACAGUUUCACCAGUCAUUGGUCUCAGUAGUGCACCAGUUGGUCACAUCAAUGUCAACUACAUGAUUGUAAAACGAAGUCAGUAUGCUGAAAGAAACCCUGAAGUAGAUUCAAUGAAAGAAACAUUCGGAAGAUAUUGGAGAAAGCGGAAUCGUAUGUUGCAAAUUGGACACAGAGGAAUGGGAAGCUCAUACACAAAGAACAUUGACCAACGUGAGAACACAGUCUUCUCGUUGAACGAAGCAGCUCGGCGAGGUGCGGAUUACGUAGAAUUAGAUGUACAAUUGACAAAGGAUUUAAAAACUGUUGUGUAUCAUGACUUUCACUUAUUAGUAACUGUUGCUGGAAGAGAUUCUCCUAACAACACACCGACAGCUAGCGGUGAAAACAAAUCUCUUCACGAGAUUGCUAUCAAAGACUUGAAUCUGGCUCAGCUCAAGCUCUUGCACUUUGAGCAUAUCUCUCGUGCAAAUGGCACCGCGGACUCGCCGCCCGUCUCACUCUCAGUGACACCGAGCAAAAACGAGACGGAUGAAUUGCACGUACCCUUUCCGUCCCUGGCACAAGUACUACGGCUCGUUGACGAGAAUGUCGGAUUGAACAUUGAAAUCAAAUAUCCUAUGUAUAUGAAGGAUGGGAGUCACGAAUGUCAGGGAUACUUUGAGCAGAACAAAUUUGUUGAUAUAAUUCUGGCCGAAGUAGCCGAGCACGCCGGAAAGAGAAGAAUCGUGUUUUCCUGUUUUGAACCGGAUAUUUGCACAAUGAUAACCAAAAAACAACACAAAUAUCCCGUAUCUUUCUUGGUGGUAGGAGCUACUAAUAGAUACAUGCCAUUUCAAGAUAUUCGGUCAGAUUGUAGUAAAAUUGCAGCAAACUUUGCCGCUGGAUGCGAACUUCUUGGAAUCAACUUUCACAGUGAAGAAUUGCUGAAUGACCGAAAUCCAAUAGAAAUCGCUGAAAAGUAUGGUUUAGUGAAAUUUGUAUGGGGAGAUGAUCUGAACUCAAAGGAUAUUCAAAAACAAUUCAAAGAAGAAAUGAAUGUCGAUGGUCUCAUUUUUGACAGAAUCGGUGAGGAAGAUGGAGUGACACAAAAUGUAUUCGUUGUGGAGAACCACAAUCGGAGUUCUCUAUUCGCCCGGAGCCAACACAACUCUCGCUCGCCUUCUAUGUCUCGCCGAUGCAUGUCCACCGUUGAAUAG